UGGGCGGGGGACGACUCUGAGGAGACCCGACAGCGGAACUUCCGGCGCCGAGGAGGGACUUCCGGGCCCGCAACGGAAGUAGCGGGGGCGGUGCCAUGGCCGAAAGUCUUCUCUGCCAGGAGAAUCCGGAUUUGAGGUCUCUCCGCGGGGCGGGGGGUGGGUGUUGACCUGUCGAAGGGUUUUGGUUUUUUGUUUUGUUUUUUUUUCUCCGCGGGGGCUCCCAAAUUCUGCUUUUGAGGCAGCGCCUGGCUGGGGGCUCAGCGCGCCCGUUCCCACCCUCCAGGGGAACCUGAGAACUGACGGGGGCGCCCAGCGCGCGGUGGACUAGGCUCACGCGGGUCGCCGCCGCCCCUCGCGGCUGGGCUGCCCGGCUCAUCCGCAGGGUCCUAGCGGCCCCACUCUCCGCGUCCCUGAGCCUCUUCUUCGUCCCUUUCGCGCGCCCAGGGCGGCGCGAGGGCCUCCGUUCCCAGAAAGGGACGCCCCCUCGGAUUCAUGAGACAGAUUCAGGCCACCCGGGCGUAGUAGCUCCGUUUUCCCCGAAAAACGCCGUGUCUCGCGUCCUUGGCGACGGUGACCGACCGCCUCCGACUUCGACGGCCGUCGUGGUUGUUUUUAAAGACACCCCCGUUUCACGGACACCGAACCCUGAGGAACCGUAAGGUUUCUCUGUCAGUUCUGGAGAGUGACUUUUUUUCCUGACUAAAGCGGCUUACUGACUGUUUCGGUUGGAAUUCAGCCUUUCUGUGCGUGAGAGCCCUGGCCGCUCAGCCCCCUGACGGCGGGGUCUCUGUCUUGCUCUUUGUGACCUCUUCUGUAGUGGGGCAGGGCUUUGUGUAGGGUCAGCAUCUAGUAAAUGUUUGCGGGAUUGAAAUGUUAAGUGAAAGAACUAUUCUGGAACCGCUAACUCAGCAUCUUAAAAACAAAAACCAAACUGUUCUAGAACCCCCCCAACCGGAUUUUUUUUUUUUUUUCCUUUCCUGCUAAGUAUCGGAUGCUGCUUCAGGCUUGAACCCAGCCUGAGGGACCACAUCUGAGAGGACCCUGCCUGUGGCUGUGGUAUCCGCGGGAAUUCCUCAGGUUGUUGAGGAAUGGAGAAUCUCCAGCAGUGUUAAAUGUUCAAUAUAUGACCGUCCACGUAGGAGAUGGCUGCUUUGCAAAGGAGAGGGCUGCAGACAAGGAUUCUCAGCUCUGAAGAAGAGGAGAAACUGAAGCGAGACCAAGCUUUAGUGUCUGAUUUUAAACAGCAGAAACUGGAAAAAGAGGCUCAGAAGAACUGGGACCUUUUUUACAAAAGAAACAGCACUAAUUUUUUCAAAGACAGACACUGGACUACCAGAGAGUUUGAGGAGCUCAGAUCAUGUAGAGAGUUCGAAGAUCAAAAAUUGACUAUGCUUGAAGCUGGCUGUGGAGUUGGGAACUGUUUAUUCCCACUUUUAGAAGAAGAUCCAGAUAUCUUUGCCUAUGCCUGUGAUUUUUCUCCAAGAGCUGUUGAAUAUGUCAAGCAAAAUCCUCUUUAUGACACAGAAAGAUGCAAGGUGUUCCAGUGUGAUCUGACCAAAGAUGACCUUCUGGAGCAUGUGCCCCCAGAGUCUGUGGAUGCUGUCACAUUGAUAUUUGUGCUCUCUGCAGUUCACCCUGAUAAGAUGCACCUUGUCUUACAAAACAUUUACAAGGAAAUUGACAAGUUGAUCCUAAAUUUACAUCAAGGAAUAGAGUCAAAACAUUCCUGAAGAAGGAGAUGGGGAGAUUUAUACCUUACCAGAUAUAAAGGCUCAUUACAGCUACAGUUAUUAAGACAGAUGGUAUUUGCAGAGGGACAGAAAAAUUGACAAAUGAAAUAUGAUAGCUUAGAAGAAGAUCCAUGUAAGUAUGGAAAUUUGAUAGUUGAUAGAGGUGACAUUGGAAGAUGACUGGGAAAAGGACUGCUCAGGAAGUGAUUCUGGGACCAUUGGUGGUCCCUGUGGGAAAAAUCCAGAAUUGUUUUCCUGCUUCACAUCCUUAUGCAAAAGUCAUUUUGUAUGGAUUUAAAGGUGGAUUUAAAGACUUACCUGGAAAAAAAAAUAAAGACUUACCUGGAAAAGACAAAAAGUUUAAGCCUUUCAGAAGAAACUAUAAGAAAAAAAUCUUUGACUUCGGAGUGGGGAAAAUUUUCUCAAAGACUGAAAAGCAUUCUGUGCAUAAAGAUGAUAUAAUAAAAUUAGGAAUUUGUUUUCUUCAAACGAUAAAAUGAUACAAAGAAAUUAGAGAGACCAGAUGGGAAAAGUAACUUAAAAUCUACUCAACUGAGAGCCUUCUCUGGUAGUCCAGUGAUUAAGACUCCUUCCUUCCACUGCAGAGGGGCAUGGGUUUGAUCCCUGGUCCUCUGUUUGGGGAACUAAGAUUCCACAUGCCACUUGCUGUGGCAAAAAAAAAAAAAAAACCAAAAAACUAUUCAACUGACAAAGAUUAGUAUUUCAGAAUGUAUAAAGAGUUCUUGGGUAACAGUAAGAGUGACAAUGGAAAAAGUCUUUUUAUCAAAGAGAAUAUACAGAUAGUAAGUUAACAUAUGAACAGAUAACCUCAGUAACCCAGGAAAUGGAAAAUAAAGCCUUAAUGAGACACCAUUAGAUUAUAAUAAAGUCCAACGGGAAGUCUACUAAAGCCGAGUAUUAAUGAGGAAAUCCCUCUUCUUGAUUUAAAUGAAAACAUAUAGCAUGUUGUGUGUAUUUUAGUAAUAAUGAAAUGUUACGUUAAAAAAAAAAACUGCUGGCUUGAGCUGUCUCAGUCCACACCUGGCCUCUGUUGUAGCCUUUCUUAGGCUAAUAAGUUCCAUUUCAGCCUCCUCCUGUUUUAGCCCUCAGUAGAAUUCCUUUUUCAGCUGACCUGGAAUGAGUUCACAACAGCAAUGUGAGGCCGCCAUACGCGGUGACUGGUUCAUUAAUUGGAUAUCAUGUGCUUCAUCAGGAAGUUGGGGGGAGAAGCAGCCUCUCAGCCUCUGACAGUCAGACACCCUUUGGGCAGCUUUCCAGUCCUGUAUGAGCAACCGCAGUAACAUGCUUUUCCAUGGUGGAGCUAAUUACACUAGGGUGGUAACACCAGAGAAAUUGUAAAACCACUUAAUUUUAAACUGAAAGGGAACCUUAAAGUUGGCUUCCCUCAUUUUUGGAAUGGAAUGGUGGAGUAAAAAUCAACCAAAUUUGUCAUCAGAAGACAGGAUUUUGGUCUUCCCUGUGCCACUGACUUGCCUUGAAAGCCCGAGCAAAUCACUUGUACUCUAAACCUCACUCACCAAGAGUGGGUCUAACUGAUCUCACCUGCCAUCUUCAUGGAGCUGCUGGAAGGAUGAGAAGCCCAGCGAAGGCACAAUCCUGCCUCAGAGGAGGUGUUAGUACCGUAAUUUCUGUUUUACAGACGAGAAAACACAUUCAGAGGGAUGAAAUAAUUUGUCUAGGGUCAUUCAGCCAGUUAACAGAAGAGCUGGUCUAUGGAUCAGGAGUUCCAGAUU